AGGCAGGGCGCAGGCAGCGGCAGGAGGCGGCAGCGCGGUGACUCGCCGCCCCCAGCCCGCCCGGCUGCCGCCUCCCCCCUCCCCGGGGCGCCGGCGCCAGCGGGGUGCAGCCGCGCUCCCAGGACGGCCCCGGCGGCGGGGCGGGGGGGAGCGAAGAGUAGGACGACGGAGGAGCGCGGCCACGGCCGGGAGCGUGUGGAGCGGUGGCUGGGAUCGGGAUGGUGCUCCCGCCCCUGUGGGUACUGGCAGCCGCGCUCCUGGGGCUCCGCGCUGCAGCCGCUCGGCAGGCUGGUAAAGAACAACAGACCCAAAUAGAAUUACGAAAAGGCAGACCAAGACCGUAUGGGUUAGUGAUUCCAAUCAGUACCAGUGCAGACGGAAGCUACAUCUCCAAUAUCCUCUCUGCAAGUCACCAAAGAAGAUCAACGCGGGAGGUAUCCCAGAGCCUCAAACAGCUGUAUUUUAACGUGACUGCGUUUGGACAGGAAUUCCACCUCCGGCUGAAACCCAACACUCGUUUAGUGGCUCCCGAGGCCGUCGUGGAGUGGUAUGAAGACUCUGUGCAAACUGGAAGUGAUGCUUGUAACGCGAGUCAGAGUAGAACUGCUACAGAGAGGUUAUGGAAGAGAGAGCCCCUGUGGACCAACUGCGCAUAUGUGGGAGACAUAACGGACAUCCCUGGAGCUUCUGUGGCUAUCAGCAAUUGUGAUGGUCUGGCUGGAAUGAUAAGAACCGAUAAGGAUGAAUACUUCAUUGAGCCUUUGGAAAGAGGAAAGCAAAUGGAAGAGGAAAAGGGGAGAAUCCACAUGGUGUACAGGCGAUCAGCUGUAGCGCAGCAUCCCACCGAUACGCUCCCUGAUGUCCAUAGAGAAGAGUCUCUUCUGGGUGGCCCUGGAGAGCUGAGUUCCUUAUCCAGCAGUGUGGAGCAGCAGCUAAACAACACUCUGAGGCGACGCAGGCAUGCAGGUGAUGACGACUACAACAUCGAGGUGCUGCUUGGCGUGGAUGACUCUGUCAUCCGAUUCCAUGGCAAAGAACACGUUCAAAACUACCUCCUCACCCUCAUGAACAUAGUGAAUGAAAUUUACCACGAUGAAUCCCUGGGCAUUCACAUAAAUGUCGUGCUGGUCCGGAUGAUCAUGUUGGGGUAUGCAAAGUCCAUUAGCUUGAUUGAAAGGGGGAAUCCCUCCAGAAGCUUGGAGAACGUUUGCCGCUGGGCAUAUCAGCAGCAGAAGUCAGACCCCAACCACUCUGAGCACCAUGAUCAUGCCAUCUUCUUAACCAGGCAAGAUUUUGGGCCUGCUGGUAUGCAAGGAUAUGCCCCUGUUACUGGCAUGUGUCACCCGGUCCGAAGCUGUACCCUCAACCACGAGGAUGGGUUUUCAUCAGCUUUUGUUGUCGCUCAUGAAACGGGUCACGUGCUGGGAAUGGAGCACGAUGGGCAAGGGAACAGAUGUGGGGAUGAGACAGCCAUGGGGAGUGUGAUGGCUCCCUUGGUGCAGGCUGCCUUUCAUCGUUACCACUGGUCCAGAUGCAGCGGCCAAGAACUCAAAAGAUACAUACACUCUUAUGACUGUCUUCUCGACAACCCUUUCGAACAUGACUGGCCCAAGCUUCCUGAACUGCCAGGCAUCAAUUAUUCCAUGGAUGAACAGUGCCGCUUUGAUUUUGGCGUUGGCUAUAAAAUGUGCACCGCGUUCCGAACCUUUGACCCAUGCAAGCAGUUGUGGUGCAGCCAUCCAGAUAACCCAUAUUUCUGUAAGACUAAGAAGGGACCUCCACUUGAUGGGACUGAAUGUGCCCCCGGAAAAUGGUGCUAUAAAGGUCACUGUAUGUGGAAGAACGCUAACCAGCUGAAGCAGGAUGGCAACUGGGGACCCUGGACAAAAUUUGGUUCCUGCUCACGGACCUGUGGGACUGGAGUUCGCUUUAGAACACGCCAGUGCAACAAUCCAAUGCCCAUUAAUGGAGGUGAGGAUUGUGCUGGCGUCAACUUUGAGUUUCAACUUUGCAAUGCAGAGGAGUGUCCGAAGCACUUUGAGGACUUCAGAGCGCAGCAAUGCCAGCAACGCAAUUCCCAUUUUGAGUAUCAGAGCAGCAAGCACCACUGGCUGCCAUACGAGCACCCCGACUCUAAUAAGAGAUGCCACCUGUACUGCCAGUCCAAAGAAACUGGAGGUGUUGCCUAUAUGAAACAGUUGGCACACGAUGGGACUCGCUGCUCCUAUAAAGAUCCCUACAGCAUUUGUGUUCGUGGAGAAUGCGUGAAAGUGGGUUGUGACAAGGAAAUUGGCUCCAAUAAGGUUGAAGAUAAGUGCGGCGUCUGCGGCGGGGAUAAUUCUCAUUGCCGGACUGUGAAGGGAACCUUCACCCGCACUCCCAAAAAGCUUGGGUACCUAAAGAUGUUUGACAUCCCUCCCGGUGCUCGACAUGUGUUUAUCCAAGAAGACGAGGCUUCUCCUCACUUUCUUGCAAUUAAGAACCAGGCUACAGGACACUACAUUCUGAACGGGAAAGGGGAGGAGGCCAGAUCCCGAUCUUUCAUCGACCUGGGUGUGGAGUGGGAGUACAACAUCGAAGAUGACAUUGAAACUCUCCACACUGAUGGGCCCUUGCAUGAUGCGGUGGUUGUGCUGAUCAUUCCUCGGGAGAAUGACACGAGAUCCAGCCUGACCUACAAGUACAUCAUUCAUGAGGACUCAGUACCAACUAUCAACAGCAACAACGUCCUUCAGGAAGAAGUAGACACUUUUGAGUGGGCAUUGAAGAGUUGGUCACAGUGCUCCAAACCCUGUGGUGGAGGGUUUCAGUACACCAAAUAUGGGUGUCGCAGGAAAAGUGAUAACAAAAUGGUUCAUCGCAGCUUCUGUGAAGUUAGCAAAAAGCCCAAGCCCAUCCGUAGAAUGUGCAACCUUCAGGAAUGCACCCAGCCUCUCUGGGCAGCAGAUGAGUGGGAGCACUGCACCAAAAGCUGUGGGAAUUCUGGGUACCAGCUCCGUACGGUGCGCUGCAUCCAGCCUCUUCAUGACGGCGUGAACCGCUCCGUCCAUUCCAAGUACUGCAGUGGAGACCGCCCCGAGAGCCGCCGGCCGUGCAACCGCGUACCGUGCCCUGCAGAGUGGAAGGCUGGACCCUGGUCUGAGUGUUCCGUGACCUGUGGGGAGGGAACUGAGACCCGGCAGGUCAUGUGCCGUGCCGGUGACCAGUGCAAUGGAGAAAAGCCAGAAGCAGUGAGGGUUUGUAAACUCGCUCCCUGUAACGAUGAGCCCUGCCUGGGAGACAAAUCCAUCUUCUGUCAAAUGGAGGUGCUUGCACGGUACUGUUCCAUCCCCGGCUACAACAAGCUGUGCUGUGAGUCCUGUGGCAAGCGCAGCAGCACCCUCCCACCACCAUUCCUCACCAAAACUGCUGCAGCUGAAGAGGAAGCAACAUUUGAUCAGAGCCACCUGCCUGGGACGUUGAUGGUACCAACGCUGGCAGUGUCCCACCAGACACAGUUCCUGCCUGGGAGGAGUAAUCUGGGCAGGCUUCCUUCUGGAGAAGAAGACACCAAUCCACACAUCUCCCUGCCCAACACCAAGCCCAGUGGGGCUGAGUUCCCGCAAUGGAGAGUUCCUCCAGCAAAGAAGACUUCUAGGCUGUUGGCUUUGCUGCACCAGUCACCUGCCAAUAGCAGCAGUCUCAGUCCUCACCAUGCCCUUGGGUUGGCAGCGGCCAUUCCUGCGGUGCCAGCUAAUAACACCAUAGCAGGGGCUCCUUCUCUAUCAAGAACCUCAAGGAAGAGCGAGAAGCAUAUUGAGAAGAGGUCGCCUUCAAGGUCCUCCACUGUGGAACGAUGAACAUGAAUGCCUUGUGAGGAUAGCCAUUGAAUGAAGCUUGUUUUGGCGCUUUAGGUUUCAUUUCCUUACUUCUAGACACUAUGGUGCAUGCUGCUUUCCACAAGCAAGACACUGUAGGUCAUCAACUCAUUUUCCUUGUAAAUACAAAGAACGAGAAGUGCUGGUUCACUUUCUAGUUGCUCCUCCUGUCCUUUUCCCAUCCUGCGUUACCUGGCUGGCUUGAACGCAUUGGAGGAACACACCAAAGGAUACUCCUCAUGGUGAGCAGGUGUUGCUGAGAGCAUCGGUCAAGCUCCAAUACAGAAAAGCGGCCCUGACCUCAGGGUUCUAAACACUCACAUGUAGAAAAGCCCCAUCACAAGAGGUACCAGAUGUUUACACUCUACAAAAUACUUUGGCAAUGGAACAAGGGAAUCCUAAGACUUGUUUUGCUAAUUUAUCUAUAGAAAUGGAUCUUGUAUGAGCAACUUUGCACCGUUGUGUAAAUCCUGUAUAUUGCAGAAAAGCAGUAUUAUUUUUAAGAGGUUUGUGCUGUCAGACAACCGUUGACCUAUGUUGCAUUCUGGACAAGUGCUAGGUGCCUGCCACUGAGUGCUGCCUUAUUGCCAUUCCGAGAGCUGAUGUGUAAAGCAGCAUUGUCAUGAAAGGAGGAGUACCAUUUUCAGACGAAUUACAUCUCCUGACACUAGGAAAGGGUGUUUACCAACAGUGUGAUGCUUUCUUUUGAAACGAGGGAAAAUGCAUGAACCUAAAGGUCUAGUUCUAGCCCAUGAAAAGUAGGUUUAGAAACUUUAGUGUAACUCCAGUCACAGGUUGGAAAAACCAUUUUAUGUGCCUGUGAGAUGAUCACUGAGCUGGCAUCACCUCAGUGUGGGGGCAGCAGUGCCGUCCCUUAGGUUUCCCUUUGCUGAAGAGGUCGGACUGGAGUAGGAAGAAGCCAUGUAAAUACUGUAAGUACUGUAAUGUCCACCAGUCAAACACGAGUUCUGUUCUCCAGCUGAUCGCUUUGUAAUUUCUGAAGCUGAGAAAGCAUCACAAAGCUAGAGUAGGCACUAACAAGAAAUAGCUGUGACAAGAAAACAGAUUUAUUAUUGUUUUUCCAACUGGAAGAAUUGAUUUCAAGGUGAGAUAGAUAUUUAUUUUUCAGCAGGGUUCACCUCAAAGCUCCACAACCACAAUGCAUCUGACUGCAAGAACGUGCUAGUACUUUAUGUCGAUACCCAUCUUGUUCACAGUCCACCCAGUCGCACUCUCUCCUGUGUGUUGCUGUAAAGUACUUGUAUAUAGGAUUGAGAACUAAAGAUAUUUAUUAAAAGUGGAUUUCUUGAUAGUAUUUUAUGUACUAAAUAUUUACACUAAGGGCAAUUGACUGUUCUUUUUUGCUAAGAUAAAAUAGAGAUGUGUAAUUAGCCACGUGUACAUGCUAUGUCAUAUGGAUAGAACAGAAAUUUAAGCUAAUUAAACUACUGUAGAGAAAUUGUUGAUCUUCUGCUUUAAAAAUAAGUAAGUCUUAUGACAGCUUUUUUAUUCCAAGCAUCUUUAAUUUCUAAACAGGUUAUUAAAGUUUCACGUGCAAUUUUUGCUUCCUCAUAAAGAGCCCUCAUGAUCUACCCAUUUAAAAGGCCAGUGAGUACAUCCUCCUAAAAUGCUACCAAGUAGAUCAGGACCCCAAAGAUGACAUUCUAGAAACAUCAGUAGUGAUUAUGCAGAGUCACCAGGAAGAAAUAAGGAUGAAAAUUUUGUAAAAUUAAGGAUGAAGACUUUUAAAGGAGAAUAUGGUAGGUUGAUGCUGUUGGGGGAAGUCCAGGGUCAUAGCGUGCAUCGCACUGUGUGCCAUCUAACCCACCAAAGUACUGACACCCCUACAGAACUGCUGCUGCAUUUCCACAGGACUUUUGAAGGACCAAGAAAUCUGCUUUAAGCAGAUGGCGCAGAGCCUCAAACAGACAAAUAGGGUGUGUUUGUUUCUUUGCAAUUCCUCCAAAGGCAAAUUCUCUUUUCUCUUUCUCUUUUAAGCAUAUACAGUGUGGGUGUAGAUAAUCCUUGUACCUCUUGGAUUUCUUUUCUACCAAGUUUAUUUCUCUUUCUGUCAAACGUACACUACUGACUGAUACUGUUUGUUGUAUUGGGGAGCAUGUAACAAUAAAAUCUUUCACAUGAAAAGCC